AUGUCGGCCUUUUAUCUGGAAAUAUUUAGUGAUGAUUACCGGGAGAAGUUUGAGGAACACUUCAGCGCUGCCGACCAGGCGAAGGGUAUCAACGAGCUCAAAGCUAUCAUCGCGAUGGUCCUCGACGGCUCUGAAGAAGACUGGCGUGCGAUAGGUGUGCUGACACCCGAGGUCACCACCUCUGACCAGAUGAUGUACACGGUCCGGUGGUUCCUUGAGAGGUGCUACUGGCAGCUCUCCAAGUUGCUCAGAUUCUCCUUGCCGACGCGCAUUGCAGAGGCCGAGCCAUUCCUGCGCCAGAUGCUGCGCGACUACACAGAGCAGAACGAUGCAGACGAUCGAGAUGUCCUCCCCAUGCUCUACCUUGCGUGCGCCAUCCAGAAGGCACCCGAAAAGGAGCAGGAGGCGCUGCAGAUCUUCCGCGAUGCGUUCGAAUACUACGAGGGGCCCCUCCAGGAGCAUAAACUGGGGGUGAAGUCGGAGCUCUGGGCGCGCGCGAAUUAUGCGCGUCUCCUGCGCAAGACGGGCGCAAUCGCCAGCGCGACAGCGCAGGAGAAGAAAAUCAGAGACUACAUCUUGCGUAACACGCCGGCCUACCCUCCCAGCUUGUAUCGCAGAAUGGCAACGGAUAUGAGGGAGCCAGACAGCGUGAAGUAUACUCUGGAGCACCACGCUAUUCAGCGCGCAUGGCGGGGUAUCGUAGAAUUUCCGCUGGUACCGUUGCGCAUGGAGGAGGGAGGUGUAGGUGCAGUUCCCAAGGUGCAUAAAAUGAAGCAUGCAUCUAGGAGGCGCGCAUCUCGGCGGUGA